AUGCUUUCUUCGUUUUUCUCUGUAUUCUUUAUUCUCUUUUGUCUUUCUCCUCUUCUUUCUUUUUCUCUUUUUUCUUUCUUUCUUUCUUUUUGGCUUUCUUUCUUCUUUUCUUUCUUUCUUCUUUUCUUUCUUCUCUUAUUUCUUUCUUUUCUUUCGUUUUUUCCCUACAUUCUUUCUUCUCUUUUGUCUUUCUCCUGUUCUUUCUUUUUCUCUUCUUUUCUUUCUUUCUUUCUUUCUUUCUUUCUUUUUUUCUUCUUUUCUUUCUUUCUUCUUUUCUUUCUUCUCUUAUUUCUUUUUCUUUUCUUUCGUUUUUUCCCUACAUUCUUUCUUCUCUUUUGUCUUUCUCCUGUUCUUUCUUUUUCUCUUCUUUUCUUUCUUUCUUUCUUUCUUUCUUUCUUUCUUUCUUUCUUUCUUUCUUCUUUUCUUUCUUCUCUUAUUUCUUUCUUUUCUUUCGUUUUUUCCCUACAUUCUUUCUUCUCUUUUGUCUUUCUCCUGUUCUUUCUUUUUCUCUUCUUUUCUUUCUUUCUUUCUUUCUUUCUUUCUUUCUUUCUUUCUUUCUUUCUUUCUUUCUUUUCUUUCUUUUCUUUCUUUCUUCUUUUCUUUCUUCUCUUAUUUCUUUCUUUUCUUUCGUUUUUUCCCUACAUUCUUUCUUCUCUUUUGUCUUUCUCCUGUUCUUUCUUUCUUUUUUCUUUCUUUCUUUUCUGUCUUUCUAUCUUCUUUUCUUUCUUUCUUAUUUUUUUCUUCUCUUAUUUCUUUUUUCUAUUCUUUCUUUCUUUCUUUCUUUCAUUUCUACUCUUCUUUCUUUCUUUUCUAUUUUUCUUUCUUUCUUUUCUACUUUUCUUUCAUUUCCUCCUUUUCUCUUCUAUGACGUUUCCUCUUUCUUCUUCGUUUCUUCUUUCAACUUCCUUUACCUUCUUUUUCUCUUUUUCUCCCUUUUCUUGUUCAUGCUUUCUUCUUUACGAAAAUCUAUCUAUCUGCCAUUUUAAGUGUGCUUACAAAUCUAUCUAUCUGCCAUUUUAUGGGUGCUUACAAAUCUAUCUAUCUGCCAUUUUAUGGGUGCUUAUAAAUCUAUCUACCAUUUUAUGA